AUGUCUGACAAAGAGAUCGUCGACGCUGUUCGUCGUCUGCAGGAGCUCCAGGCUGGUGACUCCACUGACAACUCAGAGACUCCACGAGAGUACAUCAACCAGCUGACUCCACCUAUUGGCACCUCGUUCUUCAAACGGCAAAGUGUUACUCUAUUCGAUGAUGAAAGGUUCUACGCCAAGUUUAUCAGCAUUCCAGAGAGUGAUCUCCAAGUUUUGGUGCAAACAUUGACCUGGAAAGUGGACAUCUACACCUAUGUCACAGGUGCCACGCCGGAUCAGGAGCAGUUCGAAGCCAAUGGGGGGUCAGUUAUGGUCGUCAUGGUUCAUUCUGGACACCUGUCGUUCGAUUCCAGGAGGGGCCGCUCUAUCUAUCGAGUGACCGCCCCUACGUCUGUGGUCUCGCAGAAGCAGCUGCCUCCCACAGGGAGUGGGAUCAAAAACGAAGAUUAUUGGAAUUACACCAUCUCGUACCAGGAAGUCAUGAAUAUGUUCAAUAAUGGGGGCAAUGGUACUCUGAACUUCGAUGCCAAGUACAAAGAAGACUUCUCACGCAAGGAUCCACUGGCCGGGGUGGUGCUGUCGAAUGGUGUACAGUUUGGAACCGAGUUUGAAUUGAACAACACAGAUCUCCCUGCAUUCAAUCUUGCUGGAGUCUCCAUUUUCCGGUCAUACGCGCCAGAUGCCUUCCCGGUGAAUUUCUCUUUUGAAGCGGAUUCAGCUUGGAGUUUCAUUGAUAAUUUAGGGCUCGCAUCCAACAAAAAGGUCCAAGUGGAGGUGGAUAUCAACCGUGGGGUUUGA